AUGGAUCAGCUGAUUAAACAGCUGCAGCUAGCAGCCGCUGCUCAGGCGCAGGUGCAAACUUCGCCUUCGCAUUCGCAUCCGCGGCAACAUCCGCAUACGGCAUCCGCCUUGCAGCUUUAUGCUGCAGCAGCCGCCGUCAACCUGCGAGUUCCCGGAUGGUCGCCAUUCCUCAGCCAGCUUCCCAUCGAUUCCCCAAAUCUGGGGGACUCCCAGGGAUCUGGUCACCAGGCCACCAGUUCGUCCUCCGUCUACAUGCUCCGCCAGAUGGCGCUAAUGCAGCGAGCCAAUGCAGCCGCUGCAGCAGCCGCGAUUCAGCAGCAAAGGGACCGGAAUUGGAAUCGGGAAAUGAGUAAUAAGGAUCAGGAUCAGCAAACUAUUAAAUCGGAAUCACUACCGUAUCCCAAAAAUGUUAGCUCUGGCCGACAUCCGCACGACAUCCGCGAGGACUCCAGUCAUGAGGAUAAUGACAGCGAGGAGUCAACUUCAGCUAUUAUCAAAAAAGAACCCAAAUCCAAUCUGGAACCGGAUGAGGAUGCGGAUGCGGAUGUGGAUGUGGAGUCCUCGAAGCGCAGGCGCUGCAGGACCAACUUCAACUCCUGGCAGCUGGAAGAACUCGAGAGAGCCUUCCUGGGAAGCCACUAUCCUGACAUUUUCAUGCGAGAGGCCCUGGCCAUGAGGCUCGAUCUGAAGGAGGGUCGCAUAGCGGUUUGGUUCCAAAACCGACGUGCCAAGUGGCGCAAAAAGGAUCACACGAAGAAGGGUCCUGGGCGACCGGCGCACAAUGCCCAGCCGCAGAGUUGCAGUGGAGCUCCCAUUCCGUUGACCGAACUGCGGGCCAGAGAGCGAGCUCAACGCAGGAAGCGGAUGAAGAAAGCGAUCGAUCGGCAGGCGAGGAAGCUGCGUCUCAAGGGAAUCGAGGUGGACUUGGCCCGGCUAAAAGCGGAUUACCUGGCUGCCCACAAGGACAUCUGGGAGAAGGAGGAGGAGGAGGCGAUGGAGGAGGAGGACCUAAGUUUCUACGAGGGCGAGGACGAUCUAACCAUCGAUGUGGUGGGCGAGGACAUGACCGGCGACAGUCAGGACAACUCGUUCUGCUCCUCCAGGACGACCUAUCAGAAGAGCACCAGCAGCGAACUGGAUCCCGAUGAGCCCGAUACUGGGGUGCCCAUUAAACUGGAGACUGUACCUCCUCCACCCUCACAAACUAAAACCCCCUACAGCUCCCCCUUCAGCAUCGAGUCCCUGUUGGGCUCAUAGCGAAUAACUGUAGUAAAGUAGGCUUACGAUUGCGAUAAUGGUGGCUAGCUAAUAACUAAG